AUGCCGAACAACCAAGUAACAGUAAAGGACGUUGAUGUAGUCCAAGGCAAAAUAUUCUGGUUACCAGUAGAGGAGGACUUACCCAGGCAGGCGGUGAAGAGAGCACAUAGCACAGGCGUUGUCGAGGGCAUCUAUGGGCAUCCAGUUGUUGUAGUUUCGAGGCCUGCAGAGGAUAGCCACAUAGCUCAUUUUCAAGUUAUAUCCUCACGGCAACGAAGAACGCUUGGCGACCUGUACAAUAAAUCAAACGAGUUCCAUAUCAGCCUGCACACCUCAUACCUACCGAUAGUACAAUCACCAGAUCACUCACAUGCGAGUUUAAUAAAGACGAUAAAACGAUCUUCAACUCUGCAAUUAGCCAACGGCGCUCGACUACAAUUGGAUUCACAUGUAAACAUCCGGAACGUUUACAAAAUCGACUGGUCGCUCUUAAAAGAGUACACAAAUCCAGAGACUCCAGAUGUCAAACAGUUUUACUUCGAUCGUGAGUCGACAACACGAUUGUUGGCCAAAUCCGCCAUCCUCACUACGUACGAACCGGGUGCGCAGCAUCAAACACUUUCCUCACAAACUCUGGAGAGCACAAAUUUGAGGUCUGUGGCAGAUAUAAUGCCUGCGCUGCAAAGAUCAGUCUCGGAGCCCAUGUGGGUGUCAGCAGAAGAUGUUCGAACAGUCAAUCGUCGGAGGUUCUCAGAAUCGGAUAUUUGUUCUGCAAAAUCGUUUAGAUACUCAGAGGCUUGUAGCUCUCCGUCGAAUCUUCAAUUACGAGCCGAUGAGCACGAAUGUCGAAGCAAAUCUAUGUCAGAAGCCCAAAAAGAUACAGUGGACGAAAUGGCAACACAUGGUCCAAUGAUAUGGGAUGUGAAACACCCAUUGGAUUGCUUGUGGAGACACGUCACUGAUGGUUUCAAAAGCACUACCAUAACACGAAGCCAUCUCAAGAAACGCGAGAAGAGCCAGAUCUGGGUGAACGCGAAGGGUGUAAUGGCAGUAAUCAUAGCUUCAAUAUAG